CAGAGGCACCAGAGGCACAAUGGGCUGCAACAUGUGCGUGGUUCAAAAGCCUGAGGAACAAUACAAGAUCAUGUUCCAGAGGAGCCACAUUAAUAACAUGCUGCGCUCUGUUGAUGCUGAGGGUCGACUGAAGGUUAACGGGAAGGAACUGUCCCGUCUCUCCAGGGAUCCCGUCGUGGACAUACGGGACCCCCUACUGUCCAGCAUACUGAGGCGGGGGCCUCGCGGCCAAGCGGGAGCAGCAGGAGCUGCGGGCGGUUUCGGGUCAGUGACCAUGGGCGUUGCCGACUGCGUGGACAGCUGCACCCAGACAGACAUCAGCUUCCAGCAUAUGCUGACUCUGGGAAAGAGCGGAGCGCACCCCUGUGGAGACCCACCCCAACCAGACCCUCCUCCGUCACCUCCUCUGCCCCCGUUACUGGAGCCGUAUCUGUUCAGUGAGCUAUUUACAGAACCGGUCUACUACGACCCAAACGACUACUUUGACAUAAGUCAGCAUGAAGUGGACCGACAGGACGAGCUAGAAUAUGAGGAGGUGGAGCUGUGUAAGCUGCGGCAGCAGGACAAACUGGGACUGACGGUGUGCUACAGAACCGAUGAUGAGGAGGACCUGGGAAUAUACAUAGGAGAGGUCAACCCCAACAGUAUCGCUGCAAUAGACGGCCGCAUCCGCAAGGGAGACAGAAUUCUCCAGAUCAAUGGAUUCGACAUCCAGGACAGAGAGGAAGCCGUGGCCAUCCUGACCAGGGAGGACAGCACCAACGUCUCCCUGCUCCUGGCACGACCUGAGACAGAGAACGAGAACCAGCUGGAGCCGAAUGAGCUGGACCUGGAGCCACUGGACAAUGCUGUCCAUCUGUCCAGGAGCCACGCAGUGAGAAACAACAGCACCGACCCGGACGUUCCACCAGGUGGUGUCGCAGGUGGUGGUGGUAAAGGAAGCCACGGUCACUCACUGAGCAGGGACUCGCCCGAUCUGCUGCAGACGGUGCUGAGCAACAGUCAGGAGCUGGACAGUGGGCUGGGCCGCACGGACGAAAGCACGCGCUACGAGGAGUCGUCGGAACACGACCUCCUGGGAGACGACCACACCAGCGCCUCCAACACGAACGCCACCAACACACCGGGCAGCAUGCGGAGGUUUUUAUCCGGAGCAGGAGACGCUCCAGCGCUGCUGCACUCCCAUGACCUCCGGUUUAGCACCGACUCCCUCCGGGGGAUGGACAGCGUCGGUGGAGGAGGGCUGGAGCAGCUGGAGCGACUGGAGAAGACGUACGUGGCCGACGCCAUGAGGACGGUGAUGCCGGGGCUGACGGAGGAGGAGUGCGAGAGGUACAAGGAGCUGCUGGAGAUCAAGUGUUACUACGAACAGAACAGUAACGUGCACGAGGUCGACGGCAACAGUAACGUGCACGAGGUCGACGGCGUCCCACUGGACGUCAACAGGAACGAGGGUCUGACCCAGCACGAACUGGCCCUGCUGGAGGAGGAGCUGCGCCACCUGGAGUUCAAGUGCCGCAACAUCCUGAGGGCGCAGAAGAUGCAGCAGCUGAGGGAGCGAUGUCUGAAGGCCUGGCCUGUGGAGGAGAAAAACGGAGCGGCGGCAGGAGGAGCAGGAGGCGGCGUGGGACGCUUCGACAGCAUCGGUAACUUGGCCAGCGAGGACUUGUGUCACCACGCGCUGUCAGACAUCAACGAGCUCCCAGACCGGGAGCGCUCCGACAAGGACAGCACCAGUGCCUACAACACUGGAGGAGAAAGCUGCAGGAGCACUCCUCUGGUCAGUGAACAGUAUCCUUCGCACUCAACACAGAGUCUGGACGUGUCUCUCUGCUCAGAGGGAGUGGCGUUACAAACCAGGCAGAGAGAGAAAGGACCUGGGGCAGAAAGAGGGGACGGGCCAUGGACAAACCUGAACCACAGCAGCCGAAGAGCAGAGACCACUAAGACCUACAGCCCUGGAGCUAAAGUCCGGUCACUUUCCCAGGGCGGAGGAGGCCGACGGGGCUCAGACGGAGGGGUGAGACGUACCCCAAAAGUCAACGGAGCAGCAGAGAGGUCCGGGGGACGCAGCGCAGAAAACAGUCCUUACCUGUCCCGCCGUCACACCGAGACAAAUCCUCCUCCUCGCUACCUGAGCUGCAUGCAGCUGAGGUCUCCGUCCACAUCUGAGACGUUCGGGUUCAGGGAGACUCCCAGCAUUCAUAGUGGCGGCGAUGCCAGUCCAAUGAGCUUGGGUAGCACAUGUAAAAGUGUGGCCCAGGCUGCGGGCUCUGAUCCACUUCCCUUGUCGUCCUCGGUGAUGCCGGCCUCCCCGCGGAUGGAGUGGAAGGUGAAGAUCCGCAGCGACGGCUCCCGUUAUGUGGCCAAGCGGCCUGUGAGGGACCGCCUGCUGAAGGCCCGCGCCAUGAAGAUCAGAGAGGAGCGCAGCGGCAUGACGACGGACGACGACGCAGUCAGCGAAAUGAAGAUGGGCCGAUACUGGAGCAAAGAGGAGCGCAAGCAGCAGCUGCUGAAGGCCCGGGAGCAGAGGAGGCGCAGGGAGUUCAUGAUGCAGAGCCGCCUGGACUGUCUUAGGGAACGGGAGAGUUUGCAGGGCGCCAGUGGUGGACAGCAGGGGGCAGUCAACCAGCAGGAGCCCCCCUCCAUCCUCGAGCUUUGCCACCGCAGGAGCAUGAAGAAGAGAAGUCGGAAAAUCCUGGACAACUGGAUCACAAUUCAGGAGCUGCUGACUCACGGUGCCAGGUCUGCAGAUGGGAAGAAGGUCUACAACCCACUGUUGUCGGUCACCACCGUCUGAGGGUGGGCCGGACGGAGGUCAGAGGUCAGGUCAGAGGUCAGACAGCACCAAACAGGAGCCUACACAGUCCUGACCAAGAGGUUCCACAAAGCACAGGUUAAUGAUAGUAAUUCAAAACAGAGGUCCUCAACCACCGGGGACUGGGCCAGUAGUGGGACGUGGGUCAUCUGGUACUGGGUCAUAGGGAAGAAUAACUCACAUAUUAUUUGCCUUUUAGUGAUUAUCAGUGUCACUGACCAGAUUUGUCAAAAGUCUCUUAAGAUGCUCGUCAAAAUAAAAGGUUUUGAUGAGCUUCACCAACAACAACAGAGGCCUACAGGGGGGGCUGAAGACAACAUUUGGGCUUUCAAAUAUAAGAAAGUUGCAUUCGCUGUCUUACCUAAAAUACAGGUUUAUCACCACAUGUGACUCUCACCUCUCUGUCAUUGAUAUGUGGCCAAUCGCUUUGUAGUGAGUUUUACUUUUAAGCACUUUCUAUUUCUUUGUAAAUUUGUCACCGCAACUUCACAUCCAGUCUGUGAGAAUACUGUUUGACAGGAAACCAGUCUGUGACGCACAAAAGGUCGGUGACCUCUGGUUCAAGGUAGCACACCAACCUGGAAUAUUUUGAAAUAUCUAGGGAAUCACAGAACUUCCAAAACAGAGGAACCGUCAACGUAACGAUGCCUUUCUGGAAAAUGUUUGAAUGAAAUGACCUAAAACAGUCUGGUUUACUGGGCAUUCAUUUAAAAAAAACAUCCUUCAUGAAUCAGUGGAUGUAACAAAACAAACAAACAAAUAAAUAUGAACCGAGCUGAAGAAAGAGCACAAACUUCCCAUUCACGGAGGAAAACAUCCACCGUUACAAACAUGAUUGCCAUUAAUGUGUCUUGCUAAUCAAAACGUUUGCAAUGUGGCUGUGAAAUGGCACCAUCUGCUGGCCAGCCAUUCAGCGUUCCACUAACAUUAUUAUAAACAAACGGUCGGAAACGCCGUGAAAAGACGUUUGUGUUGGCAGCAGAUGAGAGGCGAGUUUCCAUAAAACAUCAUUGUGUGUCAGUAAUUGUAGUGGAGACAUUUUUUCAUCGCUGUUCGUUACCUUUGUUUACAGUUUGUUACCUUUGU